UGAGCGUCGAGAAGGCAAGAGGCCGGCAUGGGGGCCUCCUUUAUCUGCUGGAUCCUGUACGACGGCCGCACGUUUAUGGCUGCUCUCGCCAGCGGUGACAAAUAAGAGCAGAUCCUGCUACCGACCGCGAACCAUCAACACGGGGCUUGAGAAGUAACGUGGAAGCAUGACAAACGGCGUUUACACCGCCGUGCUGGUGGCGAUAACUUUCGCUAUUUGCCCAGCAAGUAACGGCCACUACUUCCUCGGCUGUCCUCCUGUGGAUGACGUUCAUGACGCAGUCACGAUACUGCCAAAUCCUUUCAACUGUUCUACUUUCUACAUUUGCGCACAGGGCACGCCACUGCUCUUCGUUUGUCCGGGAAAUUUGCAAUUUAACUACGAACUACAAGUAUGCGACUACCCAGAGCGAGCCUACUGCUUUGAACUCCAGCAGUACCCUGAACCGGUGACGACUAAUCCCCCUGUCUUUCAACCUGGAGCUGAGCAUCUCCUUCCAGAGCAAGCAGCGAAGUCCGAACAUGAAGCAGGGCCUGAGCCAACGUCAGAGGAAGCAGUGCUCACUCCUGAACUGAAACCGGAACAUGCUCAGGAAAGAGCCCAGUCUGACUCGCAGGACAUGGUGGUACCAUCUCAUUCGAUUGAUGAGCCAUUGCAAACAAGUUCCGAGGAACAAGUCAAAGCCAAUAAAGACGAUUUGGUGGAGGCGCUCGAAUCCGUUGGUACACCGGAGCCGCAACUUUCCCAAGAACAAGCUGAACCUCAACAUCAGCAAAAAGAUAACGAAAGGUCUGAUGAAACUGAGCGUGAAUCAGAACCUGUUGCUGUGCCAACAAAUGGAGCGCCUGGGUUUGAGCUGCAGCCGGAAGGAAACCCAACAGAACCGGGAAUACAGGACACAGUAAUGACAGCUGAGACAACUGAUAAGCCAAAUCAAGAGCCUUCACAGGAGCCAACCGAAUCCUACCAUGAAACUCAGCCGCAGGCUUCAAAAGACCAAGCCGAACCUGAACUUGAACGUGAUAUUAAUGCUCAUUCUGAACAGGAAUUCGGACGCGCUAUAGAGCGAACAGACUCCACACCUGAACCAGAGCCACGUCCAAUACAAACUCCAAGCCAGCCAGAGCGACAGGAUAUGGUUCUACCAGUUGAGUCAGCUGAUGAGACGAGGCAAGUUCAUCCCCAAGAGCUUAAUGAGAUUGACCAUACUGCAGAACGUGUGUUACAGCCGGUUGUGUCCACGCCUGAGUCAGAGCCCCAACCUUCAGAAGAGCAAGCCAUACCUGAACGUGAGAAAGUAGUUAAUGAACAGGCUAUUCAAACUAAAAAUGAACAGACACCUGUGACUGAACCAAAUGCACCCACAACUGAAUCUGAGCGGCACCUAACGGAACAGCCAGCCGAGAGUGAGAUCGACACAGAGCCCGCUGUUCAGCAGGUCGAGCCUGCAGGUGAGCAAGAACUUGCGUCUUCUGAAAAAUUAGCCGCUACAACACUUCAAGCAGAACCACAACCCACUGAUGGACAAGCAGUAGCAGAGACAGCACGGCAACCAGAUGAUUUUCAGCCCGCAUCUACUGAACUUGGACACGAAGGAGUCCCAGAAUCCACACAGGAACCAGCACAAUCUCAAACACAACAACCAGAUGAACCAUCUGAAGUAGUGCACGACGAGACAGAGGCGAAAGCCGAGCAAACUGUGGAGCCAGCACAGGAGUUAGCUGAAGCAGCCACGGAGCCUACUGCAGUAGCCCCUCAACUUGAGGCAGAAGCCGUAGAGGAGCCAGUUGGGAUUGUGCCUGAGCCUUCCGAGACCAUCCAAGGGCAAGAACCUGCACGUGAGCCCGAGCAACAGGAUCAGACUACCGAGACAGCGCAGUCUUUACAUGAACCAGUACAGUCUGCGUAUGAAUCCACAGGAAAGACAGUGGACCAAGACACCACAGAAAACCAAGCCAUACUUUCACCUCAGUCGGAGCAGUCUGUGCCUGAUUCAGAACAAAUAGUCACAAAACAGCCGUUUGAGGACAAGGCUGAGCAAAGUGAGACUAAACCACAGCUGCGACCUAUGCAAGAACCUCUGUCCGUUCUAGAUGAAGCUUCACUCAAUUCAGAUGCUUCGGGUACGGACAUGGAACAGCUAACUCAACAGCGCGUAGAAUCUUCCACAGAGCUCGACCAGUCUGAAAAGCAAGCAACGCCUAAAUCAGCCGAUGCCCAGCCACAGCUUACAGAAGUAACUCAGAAACCGCGGCCAGCACCUGAGGCCGAGCUACCUCAACCAGAAGCAGAAGACGACACUGUUGAGCACUCGCCUUCAGCCACUGAGGCUCCAGUAGAAGCUAGGUCAGAACCCCCAGCAGGACAAUCCGAUGAGAUUGAGGCAAUCCAGACGGACAAAUCGAUAGAAACAAAACAUCUAGAAGUUGCUUCCGAUACAGAGGAUGACGUUGAGCCUACGAGUCCAGCUGAAACUGAGCCUCCAGUGUCAGAAAAGGCACCUGAGCCGCUCGAGCACAAAGCCGAUACAACUGAAAUAGCCUCCGAUACUGCGCUGAGCAGCAAAGACGGCGCAAGUACCAGUGAGCCAAAUGCCUCCAAUCGGGACGCAAUACAUCAGGCAAGCGGAGGGCCGUCUGGGACUGCUCCAUUUGAGCCGGCUCCCACAGACGCAGUGGAACAAGCUUCUAACGUCACCGAGCCGACGCUUGAGCCCGAGAGCUCCGCCGGUAUUGCGGUGGCUGAAGAGCAAUCAAAAGCUGACAACGCAUAUGAGGAGACAGAAAAGCCUGCAGUGUUCGAUGACGUCGACGAAGAAGGAACAAGAAACAACGCCGUUGAGAUUGACUACUACACGUGAAUGCAGAGUGACAGCAGUGCUGAUAUGGAAUUAAGACAGAAGAAACAGCUUAAAUUGUGUUUCUUCUGCUUUCCCUACUUUCCCUAUUAUGGUACUAUUUAUUUUGACGGGAAAAGUGCUAAAGCCGGAACAUAUACAGUUUUAUUGGCUUGGGUCGCAGCAAGUUCAUCUGUGUUUUGACAGCGUAGCAGGGUAGGUAUCAAUACCAAACAAACUAUAGGCUCGACAGACUGCUCAGGGGAGCAUAAUGUCAUAACGACAUUGAAAUCGAAAUAGCUUCGUGGCAGUGCUUAUUGUAUGACUGAACAAAUCGAUAGCUCAGGGCCUUCGAGCAUUGUUUGAAGAAAUUUAUUAAAUUGUGUAUUGUGCUGCCCAGACAUUAACAUCAUAUUUAAUUGUUUACUCAUUUAGUCACAGCUUUAAACACGUGCGUGCUAUGUUGCUCACUCAGAGGUAAAAUUAUCUUUGUGUUGCCAUCUACAUCACUUUAAAUUAUAUCAAAAUUCCUGAUACCCUUCUUCCUCGAGCACAAUAAAAUAUCUGCAGGACAUAA